AUGGCCGAUGUUCGUUGGUCGGAUCUUCCUAUGGACAUAUUAAGAUCUGUGUUGGAACGUUUGAGUUUUGUCUAUUUCCAGCGCGCUAAGAUGGUAUGUUCGCAUUGGUAUCUGUGUUCGAAACAAAGCUCACCUCAAAAAAGCGGAUCUCCAUUGCUUAUUAUGUUUCUAGAGAAUGGUGGUUGUGGUAUAUACCACCGGAAGGAAACUAGGGUUUAUAAAACGAAGAGAGAAUUACCAAAGAUUAAAUUCUUGGCAAACUCAGGUAACUGGUUCUUGGUUCUGGAUUCUAAAUCCAAUCUCUAUAUUAUGGACAUAUUUAGCCAGAAUAAGAUCGAUCUUCCACCUCUAGAGUCGAUCAAAGGUGGCCAAUAUAAGCUUAAGAGGGUCGGAGAUAAAACAUUCAAGGAGGUAGGAACCCGUCGCUGUGUCAUCCAUAAAGCGAGAAAUCUGAGAGGUCUUUUGUGGGUAGACAAGAAGAAGGAAGAGUUCGCUGUUGUAUGGUACUUCCAUAGGAUCAAGUAUAUGACUGAGUAUUUAGCCUUUUGCAAGAAUGGGGAAGAUCAUUACCAUGAGAUUCCAGCACGCUUACAAGAUGUGUCUGAUAUGGUACUACCUUGUCGUGACAGUCUUUACGUCUUAACGAUUAGUAAUCACAUUCGAAAAAUCACAUACAAAGGUUUCGAGGAUAUUUUAGCACCAUUUUGUUUGCCAUCUCCUCCGACUAGAUUAUCUUUUGAUGAUGAGUGUCGCUAUAACAUUGCUGUUAGACCAUCAGGAGAAAUUUUGGUUGUCAUGAGCAUCUUUAACCGGUUUUCAAGGCCUUGGAGGUUUCUUCUUUACAAGAAGAACCCUUAUCGAGUCCCGGGUAAUACUUCAUACAACAUGCUUGUUAAGGUAGGUUGUUUAGGUGAUGAGGCUCUGUUUCUGGAUUUGGGUAUCACCGUGCCUGCUAAUUGGGACCUUGGUAUCGAACCAAACUCUAUCUAUUUCUCUCGCACUCGCCAUGCUGGUUUCUCUUUCCAGGAAAGUUCAUGCCUUGACGUAUGUGUGUUCAACAUCGCAACAAAGACCCUCAAACGUUUCUUGGAUUUCUUCAACAACAAAAACCUCAAGGAUGCUCGAUGGUUCCUUCCGUCUUGA